AUGGCUUCCAAUACAAUUCCUAGUCCUGCUUCGGAGACUGCUGCUCCUGGCAAGUCCGACUCUUCUCAAAAACCCAAUGCUGCCUCCCCAGCUCGUCGUUCGCGGCCUCCAAGGCCCAACUACCGACACAUCCAUCGCUUCCCCUUCCCGGUUGAGGUGCAUCCUCUCCCUCCUCUCAUCCCCCAUAACCCUCUCUCGCUCGUCAGUGUACUGCUUUCCUACCUGACGUACUUUAUUUCUCCCCCUCACCAGGAAGUCUACUCUGCCUACUUUGACUCUGCCACAUCCUCGGUCCAUGUCACAGACCCUAAGGCUAUAAAGGCGCUAUGGGAGAUGGGUUUCUUUGGUAAGGGAACCUUGAGUCGAAGUGAGCCGAGCUGGCUUGAGCGUGAGAAGAAGAGACGAGGAUUACUUGGGGGAAUGACUAGCGAAGAGGUUACACGACAGCGGCGGACGGAACGCCGCGAGUUGAAACUGGAGCGCGCGAGGAUGGAAAAGCUUGCCAUUGAGGAGAGACUCAAGGCCGAAGCGGCUGCCAGGGACGGCACCGCGACGUCAAACGAGCAGUCAUCCCUCUCACCCACUCCGAACAGUGGCUCUGACGGCGCAGUAUCAACUACGGAGAAGUUCUCCCUAAGAAAAGCACGGGAAGCCAGGGAAGCCAAGCUCCUUGAGUCACAACGUUCAGUAUCACAAGACGGCAUUGCACGCACCCCUAACUCCGCCGGAAAGCGGUCACCUAGUGGCAGCAAAACUGUGCGGUUUUCUCCGGUUGUUCAAGCCAAGGAGUUUGCUUCUGAUUCGGCUAUCUUGAGCUUGCCAGAAACAUCUGCGGAUGGAAAUGUGCACGGAGGUAAGGCGGAUGAGGAGCCGGAAUUAAAUAAUGAAGAGCAUCUUCAAUUAUCCAACGAAGAGGCCUUCUUUCUUGCAUAUGGGCUGGGUGUCUUGCGUGUUCGCGAUGAUACUCGCAAAACCGAGAUUCCUACAUCUUCUCUGCUGCCAUUAUUAUGUCGACACUCCUACUUCCCUCCUAGAGCCCCGUCAGCGGAUCUCACGCCGGACGACCCAUUCAUGAUAUCAUAUGUUGUGUACCACCAUUUCCGUUCUUUGGGGUGGGUUGUGCGCUCCGGAGUGAAGUUCGGUGUGGACUACAUUCUCUACAACCGUGGUCCGGUCUUCUCACAUGCUGAGUUUGCUGUCGUGGUCGUCCCAUCCUAUGGCCAUGGCUACUGGUCUGAAACGGCCGAGCGCAAGGCCCAGUGUGAGGAGAAGACAGCGCGCAGUUGGUGGUGGCUGCAUUGUGUCAAUCGAGUCCAAGCCCAGGUGAAGAAGAGCUUGGUGGUAUGCUACGUGGAAGUGCCUCCACCAACGUCUUACGAGCUUGAUACACCCUCGGAAGAGGAUAUUGGUUCGAUGUUGUCUCGUUAUCAAGUCCGGGAAAUGGUUAUUCGAAGAUGGGUCCCCAAUCGGACUCGGGACUGA